AUGGAGCAGUUAAGUGACAGCUUGUACGCUGGCCCCUUGUCCCUGGCGGCCCAAACGGUCCUGGCUGCUCUGCGAGGCCAGAAUCUUCAUGAGGCGAGAUGCAACCAAAACUUCAGUAAACACCAGCAAAUGGAGAGGAGUAAUCACAGCCAGAGGGAUUUGGGGGCUCUGAGCAGAUGGAAUCAGGUGGAAAAGAAAGACAGAGACACAUAUUGGCCCCAGGUGUACUCUCUUUCCACUCAUGACCAUAAUUCCUCCAGAGAAGGGCAGAGCUCUCAGACCUCAGCCUCCUAUCAGUACUCACAGAAACCGGAUAGCUCGCUGUCAUCCCAGGCCUCCCCCCGUUCCUCCACCCGCUGGGACUUCUCACUCCAAAGGCAGACAUCUCAAACUGUAACCUAUUAUCAGCACUCGCAGUCAUAUCCCAACGGAAAGUGCUCUGAACCUCCCGCUCCCCCGUCUAGCCAGGCUCUGUCAGUCUCCCGGCACGAGGUUCCUGAGGCAGAAGUGUCCUUGAGUCAAAAAGACAAAUACUCUCCUUCCCUCCAGAAAGCACACAGAUUUGCUGAACAUCACGCCGUACUCUGCAAAAAAAUGACAAGGGCAAGUUUCAACCAUGUCAAUGUCCUAAAUGAGGGAGACCCUGACGAGAUGUCCUUCUCCACGACAGAACAGCCUAAUUCUCAUGCUGUGCCUUCUUACUCGACAUCAUCCUGCCCUGAAAUAUAUAAAGAGACAGAUAAACCAUCAGUCACGCAAAAUGAAGAAAGCGGUACCUACAUUAUAGCUGCCAGUGAAAUAGAAGACAGUGCAGCUUCAGGUAAUCGAUUAAAGCAGCAUCUGUCUGACCCUGAUGAAGACACCAGUACUGGGACAGAUGAAGGAGACAGACUUUAUCAUCAGUCAAUGUCUGAAACAAUCAAAACAAAACAGGGACAUGUGUCUCCCAGCGGGUUUGUAACAAAGGACAUGGGUCUCACUGGGUCUGAAAUCAUAGAGAGGAGCCACACGGAAGAACCACUGGUUCAGAUGGAACAUUUGCAUUUUUCCUUGGGGGAUAACAGUGAUCAUAACCUGCAGAAAAUCAGCUUAAUGGCAGUCGCGGUGGAAGUUGAAACGGAGAACAAAACAAAGGCGUGUAUCAAUAGAAACACCGAUAAUAAGACGGAGACAGGACAGCUUCAUUCUUCUGACAUCCAACUAAGAAGGAGGCCGUGUGAGACAGAGAUGUACAGAGGAGACACCGAGUUACCUGGAACGGACGCAGAGGCAGGACAGAGGAGAGAGGACAGAGAGGUGUUGGUUGUACCAACUCUGAACGGUGAAGAAAUGAGUAAAUCUGGUGUUUUAGAUGGAAAGCAGAGUCUCACACCAUCGUUGUCGCAGGGUUGUGGGACAGGACAGUCAGCGUUUAGAGCUCCAUGUCGCCUUGGUAACCAGCUGCACCAUGACACUGUAAAGAGCACUAAUGGAAUCAGCAGAAGGAGUAAAUCAAGCAUCGUAGCGAUCCCAGCCAAUGCCGCUUCUAGACAAAAUGUCUCUCCACAAGACUUGACCUCUUCUGCUGCAGAGGAAAAACUAGAAAAUAAAAACCAACCUACUUUCCAAAGACAAUCACAUCAUCUCCGUACCCCAUCUUUCCUACUAAAAAGGAAGAGUGAUGUAUUUCAGCGCCAACAUGCAAAACCUCCUCCCAAAAUUUCCAGACCCAAACUUCAUCCAAAAUGGGAGCCACCUCGUCCUUUACAAAAGAGGGACAUGGAAGGAGGAAAGAGCGAGUUGAAGACGGAUGGUCUCACAGUCUCCACGCUGGAAUAUCCAGCUUUAGUCCAAGAAUCAAAAACUAAAAUCAGUCUCUGUGAAACAGGAACAAUAUUCAAGCUGCAUAAAGAGCCCCUGAAGCAACUCCAACAAACCGAGGACAGCAACAUGGAAGAACAGUGUAGUGAAACAGCAACCAACGCCUGCAGGCCGACCCCGUUUUCCAAAACACGCAAGCGGAGAAAAUGUUCAAGUGACGCUGCCACAAACUGGCCCGAAAGUUUGCAUGAAGGAAUUAGCACUAGCGAGCUGCAGAGUCGAUCCAAAACGAGCAGCCAGCCUUUAGCCCUGACAUCCGAUGCAAGAGUAAAGGAUUCUGUAAAGCUAAACCUAGAAGAGAGGAUGCAGAUGCUUGAGAAAGCUGUGCAGUCCAAGGUGCUGGUGCUAACUAUGGUGUUUGCAGAUGGAACCACUCAGUUAAACCAAGAACAGAAGCUGGGUUCACCGGUGUGUGGCCUCCUUAUAAUGAUGAUGAGCGAUCUUUGCUGCAGCUCACCUGAGGACUCUCUCGGGCCAAACGACAGUUUGGUCUACUUAAAACUGGAGCACAUACCUCCAUGGGCACAACAGCAAAAGCAUCACACCCAGGAUCUCUUUACUAGAGAUAUGUUUCUGCGAGUGCUCUCAAGAUCUGAACUGGUCGUGUGCUAUAAGGCCAAGGAUGUGCUUCAAACAACUCUGCAGUUUUACAGACAAGACCUUAGCUGGAAACAAGUGACUGGUUGUCAGAUCCAUGACCCGCAGGUGUCCGGGUGGCUGCUGGAUCCUGCAGAUCCCUCUGCGUGCUACGACGACCUGCUAUAUAAACACUGCAAAAGACAGCCCUUUACAACCCAUGCCACGGGUGCCCAGAAGGUUUCUCAUAUCAUCUCAGAUCUCUGUUGGCUCUACAGGCUUAAUAUGAACCUGUGCUCUAAACUAAAGAGCCAGGGCUUAUGGCAUCUCUACUCAGACAUGGAGCUGAAUAUGAUCCCAGUUCUGGCAGCCAUGGAGACCCACCGCAUCCAUGUGGAUAAAGAUGCUCUAAGAAGAACUUCAGACCUUCUUGGGGCAAAAAUGAAACAGCUAGAGCAGGAGGCCCAUCAAGCAGCCGGGCAAAUAUUCCUGGUGACCAGCAGCACUCAGCUACGAACAGUCCUGUUUGAGAAGCUGCGGCUCCAUGAGCGUUGUGAGAACAAGAAGCUUCCCAAGACUGUCAACAAGCAACAAUCAACAUCUGAGGCGGCAUUGCACCAGCUUCAGGACCUGCACCCUCUGCCAAAGAUCAUUCUUGAGUACAGACAGGUUCACAAAAUCAAGUCUACUUUUGUUGAUGGGAUUCUUUCAUGCAUGAAGAGCAAGAACUACAUUUCCUCUACAUGGCACCAGACAAGUGCUGUGACUGGGAGAAUCUCAGCAAAACACCCAAACUUCCAGGCCCUGCCACGGCAGCCCCUUCAAAUCAGAAAGAAGCAGUACAUCCAAGGAAAGGAUGAAGAGGUCGUGACUGUUCAUCCCAGGACCAUGUUCAUUCCAGAAGACGGUUGGACCUUCGUUGCUGCAGACUUCUGCCAGGUGGAGCUGCGUCUGCUGGCUCACUUCUCCUCUGACCCUGAGCUGCUCCACAUCUUCUCCAACCCCCAGGCUGACGUCUUUACGAUGCUGGCCACUCGGUGGAAGGGGGUGAGCGAGAAUGAAGUGACCUCUGAGGACAGGGAGCAUGCCAAACGCAUUGUAUACUCAGUUGUUUAUGGAGCAGGUCGUGAACGUCUGUCAGGGAUCUUGGGGGUGAGUGCAGAGCAGGCAAGCCGAUUCCAGGACACCUUCCUCCAGACCUACAGAGCCAUCCAGACCUUCAUCCAGAGAACCAUCCAGCAGAGCCACAAACGAGGCUAUGUGCUUUCUGUCAUGGGUCGUCGCCGAAACCUCCCCAACAUCAACUCCACAGACUGGGGCGUCCGAAUGCAGUCUGAGAGGCAGGCCGUCAACUUUGUUGUGCAGGGUUCAGCGGCUGAUCUCUGUAAGACGGCCAUGAUCAGAAUCUUCAACCUGGUCUCCUCCUCCAGCUUUCUCUCUGCCAGGCUUCUUGCUCAGCUCCAUGAUGAGCUUCUGUAUGAAGUGGAGGACUCCCAGGUGGAACAGUUUGCAGGUCUGGUGAGAAGCACCAUGGAGUCUCUGCAGCACAUCGAGCAUUUAGGACUCCAUCUUAAAGUCCCCCUGAAGGUGGCAAUCUCCAGUGGCAAGUCUUGGGGAUCCAUGUCUGAGCUUAACAUCCCUCCCACAUCUCCUCCUUAAGACCAUAUUUCUCCCCUUCCUCUUCUACUUCAGCUAUGGAUCUUAACUUCUUCUUUGUCACCGUCAUCAUAUUUUUCCCUCUACCUUCUGCCUGUUAUGUGCACUCCCUUCUAAGCUCCCUCGCUCUCUUGUUCCUUUUCUUCUUCUCUCUUAGCUUGUCCUGCAUCCACAUCUCUAUGGAAACCAGGCAGCUGCAGCUCCCAGUUUUGCUUUCACUCUAUCCGUAUCCGGGGGCAACGGCAGUAGCCAGAGACUGGAUUGCACCAGUUCCUCUUUUUUUUCUCUCCGCAUCCUUGUCAUCCUCCUCUCCUCCAGUUUUGCACCAUCUUCUUCCGACCAUAAAUGUUUUCUAUGUUGAAGUCAGAACGUAGUUUCCUGUUUGAGAAGGGGCUUGAUAUUCACUGGUUCAUAAAAU